AUGCAGAGGGCCGAGGUUGGGGUUGGCCGAGCACAUGACGGUUCGGUUGACGUCACCGCACGCAGCGAUGGUGUCGAGCAACAUCUUGUUGAUCUCUUGCAUCGCGGGCUUAAGGUUAGCUUUGACGAUGCCGUGGAACUGGAAUGUCUGGCGCGUUGUAAGCUUGAAGGUGUUGUUACCUCGGCGGUCGGCGAUCUCGUCAACGGCGAGCCACUGCGACGGGGUGCACACACCAGCGGGCAAGCGCAUGCGGACCAUGAAAGAGUAGGCGGGUUCGAGGCCGGCGGCCUUGCGUUCGUCGCGGAUAUCUCGGUCGUCUUGUUGGUAGAUGCCGUGGAACUUGGUCAACUGACCAUCGGACUCGGCGAGCGCACCCGUCGUCGUGUCCUCGAGACCUUCCUUGAUCGUGCCUCUGAGGUAGUUGGACGCAAUCUUGAUAUGCUCGUUCGUGAUGGGCUCGAGCUCGGGUUCGUUCGACUCGAAGCCAUCAACGCCAAGCGCCUUCCACAUGGCCGGCUCCCAGACCUUGUAAGCGGUCUGCGGUCCAUCCGGGUCCUGGUCGUCACCGAGACCGAGGGGCACGAUCUCUUGCGCGUUCAACUCGAGCAAAGCUUUGUGCAGAUCCUUGCACGCCUUGUUGUAGUAGUGCGCAUCCUCUUUUCGCGGCCAGUAGUGCGAGUCACCGAGACCGAAGACGGAGAACUGCACCUCGGCGAGGUCGGGGACCUUGCGCGCUUGGAGGGCCUUCCACAGCUCACGGCCGUUCUGGGGGAACUCACCCUGUCCGGCGACAGAGGUGAAGAAGGCGAUGUUCUUCUCAAAGGGGAGAUCCUCGAUCGGCAUGUCGUCAAAGGCAAGGGCGCGAGCAGCGACACCGCGUUGUCGGGCGCGACCGACAAACUUCCUCGCAAGCUUCUCAGCGUUACCACCAUCGGACGCGAAGAGAACGAGCAGAGGAGGACCCUCGAGCGCGUUGGAAAGGGCGUCAAAGGCCUCUCGCGCCUUCUUUUUCUGCAGAGCGACCAACUUGGUGCCAGCGCCGCUCUCGAGCGCCUCACCGAAGGUCGGUAA